AAAAAAAAACAAUAAAAUUUUAAAUAUUACCUUUGUUGCUUGUGUCACUCAGAAAAUUUGAAAAAAAAAAUCAGGCAACUGAAAGAAUUUCUUUAAAACUCCAAAAUCCCUUCAAACUAUCAUCCAACUGGGUUAUUUCGCCCCUUCUUCGCUGUUUUACAUAUCCCCAAACCAUGGAUUUCCAAAGUGCAAUGGAAACAUUUGCCGAAGCCUGGGUUGCUGCCAAUGCCGGACAACAGAGUCAAGCCUUGGCCUUAACACGUGUAGCCAAUGCCGCUGCAGCAGCGGCUGCUGCCAAUGCCAAACAGCCCAGCCCAGAGACUUUACACCCAGAUGUGGUGGUAAAAACAGAGCAUUCCCCAUCACCGCCACCACCACCUUUGCCACCACCUCCGCCAAAUUCAUUGGCUUCAUCGCUGGGUCACCACAGUGGUAGCCGCCAAUCGCCCAACAAUACCAAUGCACAAAACUCCUCAAAUGCCAGUGAUGAGACACUUAGUGAAGCAAAUCGCUUGGCGCAACAUCGAAGACCAUCUCUGCAAGGAGUGCAGGAUAAAUUGCAGCAAUUGCAACAAUUGCAGCAGCAGCAGCAACAAAAUGACAUACAGCGUAGUCCCCAUUACACUAACAGUGGUGGUAAUCUUUCAACCCACAAUACCACACCUUCGCCAUCGUCUCAACGAGAUUUGGCCUCCACACCAUUGGGCCAUGGCUCCGCACUGGCAUCUAGUCAAAAUAGCUCAACACCAAAGUUAAAUGAACGUGAUGAGGGUCAUCAUAGCCUAUCACAGCAGCAACAACAGCAGCCGCAGCAGCAGCAUCAUGGCCCUAACUCACAACAGCAGAAUAUGAUACACCAACGGCCAGAGAGCCAUCAUGCCCAAAGAGUUAUGGGGAGUAUUACAUGCUUGCCGCCUUCGGCUUUGAAUGCAGUGGCAGCAGCCGCAGCUGCUCAACAUCAACAACAGCAACAUCAUCAACAUCUGCACCAGCAUCAGCAACAACAACAGCAGCAGCAGCAACAUCAAACUUCCUCAGAGAAAUUGCUCAGCUCUACAGCUGGUGCCAUGGAGCCACGUAAAGAUUUCGAUGUAACCAAAGUCAAUUCAAAAUCUUUACCAUUACAUUGUGUCGUGGAAUCGGUGCACUCCCUACAGGCAUCCCUGUCCAUAGAUCAACGAAGUCCCUGGAAACGAAGACCUAAUGUGGAAACAGAUAGUUAUGUUAUUGUGGCAGCGACCACUCCAUGGUCGGAAAUAGUACAAACGGCCCUGCAACGAUUGGGUUACUCACAAGAGACAGCAUCAACGGCAAGAGGUUCCUUAAUCAUUAAAAAUUGGAAGCCCAUACCAUUGGAGCAUAUAUCCGAUAAUCCUGUAGUUCCUGUUUGUGAUAUCAUAGGCGAACUGACGUCAGUGGUCACAUUGCGCAUUGUCAUAUUACGCUGUAAACCUUCGCCCUUUGGUGAAAUUAAAGAUAAACUUUUAAAGCUGCUCGUAUUACAAUCACAUGCGGUCUUGCGAUCCACCGGUUGCCCACUGGAUGAGGUGACCCUCUCACAAAUCUGUCGCAGUUCAUAUCAGAAUCCUUUUGCAUUUCCCGGCGGCGAUAUGCCCGAAGAGUUGCGCCGCAAAUUCGAUCAAUGGUGGUCCAAUCAGCUCUCCCCCCAGGCCUCAAUGACACCCAAACUGCUGCCGUUCAUGGGUGCUCCCCCCGCAGGGGUUAAUAAUGAAAUCGAACACAAUAUGGGCACAGCAGCGCUGGCAGCUGCUGCUGCUGCAGCCGCAGCGGCACAAGCAGGUCUUCAUGCCGCCUCAUCGGUGAGUGGGCCCAAUGUGCCAAGCAGUAUUAGUGCGUCACGUGAAUCGCUAUUACUGAACGAUUCCAAUAGUCAUCAUGCGGGUGGUGUUAUGCCCGGCACACCGACUUCACAUCAUGCCAACAUGAUGGUACAUCCGGCCAUGCAUGCCAGCAUGCAUCAUCAUGCCAGCUUAUCGCAUUCUCAGUUUUCCAAUCAAAAGACACGCAUGCGCACAAGUUUUGAUCCAGAAAUGGAAUUACCCCGUCUACAGAAAUGGUUCCAAGAGAAUCCCCAUCCAUCGCGACAGCAGAUACAGGCCUAUGUGGUGCAACUGAAUGCCUUGGAGUCACGCCGAGGACGCAAGCCCUUGGAUGUCAACAAUGUGGUCUACUGGUUUAAGAAUGCCCGGGCAGCUCAAAAACGCGCUGAAAUGCGCGGUGGCUUUGGCGCCAUGCAGGCUGCCAUGAAUGGCUAUUUGGGCCAGCACAGUCAAUUGGGACAAACGUCGGGUGGCAGCAGCACGGGUAGCAUGAGCAGUCAACAGCAAAUGAUAGGUUCCAGCAUGGGCAAUUUGUCCUUGUCCAAUGAUUUCCUCAAGAGUCCUUUGAGUUUGAAAUCGGAAGAUAUUGAUACCAUGUCCCAGCAUUCGGAUGACUUGGAUGAUGAUCAAAGUCGCCCCAAUUCGCCACAAUUGCCGCUCUCCUUAACCAUUCAUGAGCGUCAUCAGGAGUCAUCACCCGAUGUGGGAGACCUUAAUAAAAGCAUUUUACACAAUGACACUAGCAAUCGAAAUUCCACUUUGAAUGAGAGCGAAUCUAAGCCGGAUAAUCUCAAUGACGAUCGCUCCCAAAAUGAUCGUUCCCAGUCGCGUUGCUAUGAGGAUAGAGACAAAUACGAUGGUUCAUCAAGCAAUAACAAAGAGAAAACCAACAAUGAGGAGGGUCAUGCCAGUGGUACUUCGGGUGCAGCAGCCGCCGAAGAUGCGACCCACAUUGACGAUGAUGAAGAUCAGCAGCGCAACGAUAGCGAAACCAAUAACAAUUCUUCCAAUUCUAUGAAUAACAACAACAGCAGCAUUAACAACAAUCCAUCUUUGGAUAAUUCCCACAAUGCCUCACGUCCCUCAUCGCCCAAGGCCUCCUCUUCCAAGGAUGAUGAUGAAGAUCUCGAUAUGGAUGACGAUGACGAUGACAACGAUGCCAGCCAUUUGGAUGGCUUUCGUUCACCCUCGCCGGACAUGAGUAAUCCCAUGGUUGCUGCUGCCCAACGCAAAGAUUUACCCUUUACCAUGGUGCCAAAUAAUAUGUUCUCCCAAUCGUUUAUGUACAUGAGCCACUAUAUGCCCGGUUUUGGACAAGCGGCCGCGGCUGCAGCUCAUCCCCAUGCUGCGGCGGCUCAUCAUGCAGCAGCUGCUGCAGCGGCGGCUGGUAUGCCACCCAACGCUUUAAUGGCUGGUGGCGGUUUGAACCUCUCGAACAUCUCUAGUGAGGAGCGGCGCAAAAGGAAUCGUACAUUUAUUGACCCAGUGACCGAGGUGCCAAAAUUGGAGCAAUGGUUUGCCAUGAAUACACAUCCAUCGCAUAGUUUGAUACUGAAGUACACGGAGGAUUUGAAUACCAUGCCCUAUAGACAAAAGUUCCCCCGCUUGGAAAGUAAAAAUGUCCAAUUUUGGUUUAAGAAUCGACGAGCCAAAUGUAAACGUCUUAAGAUGUCUUUGUACGAUACCAAUCAAUGUCCCCAAUUGAGUGGUUUAAAUUCAUUUGUACAUAAAUACGAGGAACGUGAUUAAGGUUAACGAAUGUUAAAUGACAACUUCUCCAUACACACAAAGACACACACACAUCUACAAACCCAGAAAAGAAGGCAAUAUUGUUUAUAAACUAAACAACAACAAUUUUACAAAAGAAGCAAAAAAACAUUAACAAAUCCUAUAAAUCAUAUCAUAAAAAAAGAAAUAAAAUCAUUUUGUAAUUAAUAAAAAAUUCUUUUUUCCCCAAAAAAAAAUAAAAUCAAGGAAAUCGAGCCAAUUUUUUUUUUAGAAAUAUAAAAUAAUAAACUUAAAAAAUAUGUAGAAUUGUUAAACAAAAAUAAAAAAUUAAUACAAAAAUGAAACACACAAACUUUUGCAAUUUUUAGGUAUAACAAAAGGAAAAAUCUUCAUAAAAAACUGACAAAUAAUUUUGCAUGCAAAUAAGUCCUAUACAUAAAUUAAUUAUAAAUAAUACAAAUACUUGAGACAUGACGCCAAGAAAAAGCCCCAGUUAAGCGAUGCACAUACCUAUAUAUAAGAUGCUGCACGAUGAAUUAAUUAAAUUUUAGUGUAGUUUCAAAUUUUAAACAUAAAACAAAGUCCCCUUUUUAGCUAAUAAUUGAAUUAAGUUACCAAAGAUGGCAUUUCAUUUUAUUUUUAAACCAGUUUCGUUAGUAAGAAUAUAUAACGAAAGAAAUAUAAAAAAAACUAUUUUCUACUUAGAGCCCAAUGUAUUUGUUCUUAAUUAAGUUUUUUGAGUUUCUUUUUAAGAAAACAAUAAACAACAACAAAAAAAACCAUGCCUUAUUUGUUUUAAGUUUUGUUAUAGUUAGACAGCAAAAAGAGUUGAAUACUUAACUCCCAUUUAAUAAUUUAUAAAAAAAAAUAAAUAAACAAAAAAUUAAUUAAAGAAAAAAUAUUUUUUAAAAAUUAAUUUCCAUUCUUUUCGGGUAUUUAAUGCCUAAAAUUUGUAUAAUUUAAGAAAAAAAUUUAUUAAAGUUUUUGUUUAAUUUUUGUUUAUAUUUUAAACCAUUUUCUUUUACUUUCUACUUUUAUUUAACAAAUAAAAAAAUUCAUAAUCCUCUUUUGUAAAAAUCCAUCACUUGAUGAUGUUAAAAAAAAAACAUUUCCAUCAUCCCGGCUUGUAAUGGCAUUUCUAUACAAAAAAAAGAAACAAAAAAUACCUUUACAAGCCCUUAUCCUUACCCACACAAGUAGUCCACAGCUAUGUGCGUAUAAAUAUACACCCACGAAAAAAAUGAGAAAAAUAAAAAAAUAAACAUUUUAAUGCAUCGCAAUUAUCAUUGUAGUAAGUAGUGACUAAGUAUUAAUUAAUUUAGUGUUUUAUUAUCAUCAUUAUUACUAUCGACAUUGAUUUCCUCAGCUAUCUAUCUCUCUCUCUCUAUAGAAUAAUAAUAAAUAAAAAACAAAAAACCAAUUAAUUACAAAUACCCACAAACAUUUAUUACAUACCAAUAUUUAAGAGAAUUGGCAUUAAACAACAACAACAAAAAAUUAAACACAUCAAAGAAAUAUAAAAAAAUUAUGAAA